AUGCGUUUCUUCAGCAAAUAUAGCAAAAUACAACAUGCACUUUUUUCCACUUCAUCGACUAGAAAACCAUCAGUUUUACUAGUUAAUCAUGGUUAUCCACCAUUAUUCAAUGCAGGUUCAGAAGUUUAUACUCAAACAUUAGCUGUACGUUUAAAUCGAUCUGGAAAGACAUCAGGAGUGUCAGUUAUUUCACGUGAACAAGAUCUAUUUCGUGCUGAUUUCCUUGUUCGACAAACUCAUGAUGAACAUGAUUCUACUAUACCAGUUCAUUUGAUUAAUCAUGCACGAGAAGCAGCAUAUCAACGAUUUGUUAAUACGGAUAUUGAUCGUUGUUUUGAAGACAUUUGUCGAAAACUUCAUCCAAAACCAAAUAUUGUUCAUUUUGGACAUUUAAAUCAUUUAUCAUUAACAUUACCACAACGUGCGCGAGAUAUUCUAGGUGCAAAGAUUGUUUAUACAUUACAUGAUUAUUGGCUUAUGUGUCCACGCGGUCAAUUUUUAAUUAAUGGUGCUGCUUCAGCAUUUACUAAUCAAAAACCUUAUGAAUUAUGCAUCGAACAAAAAGAUGAGAAGUGUGCAUCGAAAUGUUUCUCAUCACGUUUUAGUUCGGGAACAUCAGCAAAUAAAGAUCGUGAAAUGGAAUAUUGGACAUGGUGGAUUAGUGAACGAAUGCGUGCAGUACGCGAAACAUGUGAUGCAAUUGAUAUGUUCAUUGCACCAUCACAUUAUUUACAGAAACGAUUUAUCGAUGAAUUUCAUCUUCCAUCUGAAAAAAUCAAAUUUUUACCGUAUGGUUUUGAUCGAUCGAUGUUAGUCAAUCGUCAGCGUGUUCGUGAAGUCAAUGAACCUAUUAUUUUUGGUUAUAUUGGUCGACAUUCAGCAUCAAAAGGUAUUAAUUUAUUAAUAGAAGCUGCACAACAAAUCGUUCGAUCAGAACCGAAAUUUGCGAAUCAAUUUCGUCUUGCUAUUUAUGGGCGACCAGAUUCUACAACAACCAGUAAUCUUCAAGAAAUGGCAAGAACAGCCGGUAUUUCUGUGGAAUGGCGUGAUGAAUAUAAAAAUUCGAAAAUUGUCGAGCACGUUUUUAAUCAUGUAGAUUGUAUUGUAGUUCCUUCAAUUUGGGAUGAAAAUUCUCCUUUAGUUAUUCAUGAAGCACAACAAUGUCGUGUACCUGUUAUUACUGCUAAUCGAGGUGGAAUGAGUGAAUUAGUACAAGAUGGAGUUAAUGGAUUGACUUUUUUGCAUCGUGAUGCAUCAUCACUUGCACAAACUUUACUUCGAAUUAUUCAAAAACCGAAUAUGCUUAAUCAAUUAGGUGAACAUGGUUAUCUUUAUUCGAACGAUGGACAGGUACCAUCGAUUGAAUCACAUGUUGAUGAAUUGAUUAAUUUAUAUUCUUCAUUAACAAAUAAUCAAAUUGAAGAAUCAAUAAAUCUUCAACCAAAACCAAUUGAACCAUUAUCAGCACCACGUCGAAUAACAUUCGAUACGAAUCCAGAUGAUUGUAAUUUUAGUUGUAUCAUGUGUGAACAACAUUCAGAAUAUUCUCCACAUCAGAAAGCACGUAAAGAAGCAAAAAUUCGACGUCGUAGAAUGGAUUUUGAUAUUAUCAAACGAGUCGUUGCCGAAGCAGCACCACUCGGAUUACAAGAAAUCAUUCCAUCAACGAUGGGUGAACCACUUAUGUAUCGUGAUACAAAAGGUCGUACAUUUGAAGAUAUAAUAAAAUUAUGUCGAGAUUAUAAUAUCAAGUUAAAUCUUACAACAAAUGGGUCAUUUCAUUCUCCACAAGGUCAUUCAGUGACAGAAUGGGCUCAAUUACUUAUGCCAGUUUUAAGUGAUGUGAAAUUUUCUUGGAAUGGAAUGACAAAAAAGACUCAAGAAUUAGUUAUGAAACAUUCGAAACUCGAUAAACAAAUCAAGAAUAUUACUCAAUUUAUUCAAAUGCGUGAUAAAUUAUCAGAACAAGGUGGUAAUCGAGCUACAGUGACACUACAAUUGACUUUUAUGGAAAUCAAUCUACAAGAAAUUCCUGAGAUUGUCAAGUUGGGAAUAUCACUUGGUGUGGAUCGCAUAAAAGGUCAUCAUUUAUGGGCUCAUUUUAAAGAAAUAAAAGAUCAAAACUUACGUCGAUCAGUUGAAGCUAUUCGUCGUUGGAAUCAAUGUGUUAUUGAAUGUCAAAAUCUAGCACGUCAAUAUUUAUUAUCAACAGGAAAACAAAUUAAACUUGAAAAUUUCUUUGAAUUGGAUGAAAAUAGUGGUUCAUCAACGAUUCAUCCACAAAGUGUAUGCCCGUUUUUAGGUAAAGAAGCAUGGAUUAAUCAUAGUGGUCGAUUCGAUCCUUGCUGUGCACCUGAUCAAGAUCGAUUGUCAUUAGGUACAUUUGGUAAUGUACAAAAUUCUGAUGAAAAUCUAAUGAAAAUCUGGACUGGUAAAACAUAUAACAAUUUAAUUACUAAUUAUACACAAUAUCCUCUUUGUCAAAAUUGUAACAUGAGAAAACCACCUAUUGAAAAUAAAUAA